GAAGAUCGACAGGAUCACCUCGUAGUAGAUGCUAUUCUGAUGGUGGUUAGCGCAGGCAUAACAUAGAUCAACUACUAUUAUAGCACUAAGUAAGAUAACCGGUUAGUUUUCACCUCGACAAUAUUAGACUUAUCCCGUGCAACAAUAUAGAUAUGUUUAGCUUUCGCGGCCGCGGGGAUGGUAGGCAGCAGUGAUCGUCCCGCGGAAGCCCCACGACUGACUGACUCGCAUCAUUCAAGUAUGAGCAGGAAAAUUGACAUAAGGAUUUCAAAUACAAUCAGCAUCAUCUUUUUGUUCAUCGUUUUUUACAAACAAAAAUGCCACCCUUGUUUUCAUUUUUCGAGCAGCAAUAUUUUCAAGCUUAUACUCCUUUCUUAA